AUGGGAAAGCAAUAUAUAUCUACUGCAAGUGCAUCGGAUGCACACAAACUGGACAUACUUGGAUUGUCCGUGACUGAUAGAUAUACAAUCACUGUGUCGAGUGAUGGAUAUGCUAAUUUCUGGGAUAAUAAGAAAUAUGAAUUACAAGAACCUAAUGAGAUUGUUGUUAAGCAGUUUGUAAAUAAAAUGGGAGUACAUCAUGUGGUAGCAUAUGAAAGUAUUUUGCCAGCAUCUCAUGUGAAGAUUGUGCUUAUAGCAUUUGCAAGCUUUGACGGAUCGAUUAGCUUCAAAUACUUCAUAAAUGACGAGUUAUCGAGCUUGACGGACGCUGAGAUACCUUUUGGGGCGAACAGCGCAAAUUGGAGUCCUUGCUUCUACAAAGACCCUGAGUCAAAGCAAGAUUAUUUUAUUGUGACUCAGGCGAACGGAUCAGCAUUAGUGUAUUAUUUGAAUAUCGAAUCGAGCAAAGAUAGCGCAGAUAUAGGGAUUAAGCUUGAGAAAUUCGGAGACCUUAAUAAUGCCAAUUCGUCGUUAUUUCCAAAUUCGGUGGCCGUUUCUCCCGGUGUCGAUAAAAAGGUUGCAGUUGGUUAUACCAAUGGUGAUGUGUUAUUGUAUGACUUAACCACAUUAAAGCCAAUUUAUACGUUCCGGUCUACGGAUUUACAAGUAUCUAAUAAAUCUACAUCCGCUAGUUCGAUUCCAAGGGUUCUUGCGUUUUCACCAGGUGGAUCAUUAUUAGCAGUUGCCCGUGAUAACCAGUCCGCUGGUUCCAUCACCUUGUAUGACGUGAAAUACGGGGAAAACGUAGGAUCGUUGACUACUCCUUCCCAUUCAUCGAAAACAACCAUCGGUGGAUUUGCGCACGAUGGAUGGAUUAUGGGAUUGAGUUUUGACGAAAGUGGUGAAAUACUAGCCAGUUGUGCGUUCGAUAACUGUGUAAGGAUUUGGAAUAUUGAAACGAGAGAAAGGGAAGCAACUAUUAAUAUAUCCCCUAGUGACUUGGAAGGCACUAAUGACAAUGAAUUAGAUAAUAGUAUUGCCAGUGGGGUUCAAUUUAUUAAAAAAGGGAUUAGAGCAGGUGCUAAUGGCGAUAGUAACGAGGGUUUAUGUGUCGUUAGUUUUGAUAGAGCAGUGAGAUGGUAUAGAGAAGCAGGAGGAAUUUAG